GCACAGUUGCUGUUUUUUGGUUCAGUUAAACCGACAUCAUGGCGUCAGAGAAAGACCUUCUGGUGGCCGUGGCUGUUUUUGUUUUUGCCCUCAUUUCACACAGUGAGGGCAUAAUCGGUGGCGGAGAGGCGGCGCCACACUCUCGGCCCUACAUGGCCUCCAUCCAGGUGCCAGAAGGAGAGAAUAUGAAACAUGAGUGUGGAGGGUUUGUGGUAGCCGAUCAGUGGGUGAUGACUGCAGUUCACUGUCUGCCAGAUGGGCCAAAUGGAAGGAAAGUAGUGCUGGGUGUCCACUCCCUGAGUGAACCUGAAGAGACGAAGCAGACAUUUGAUAUUUUGGAACUUCACAAUCACCCAGACUUCAGCAUGUCAAACUAUAACAAUGACAUUGCUUUAAUUAAGUUGGAUCGACCAUUUAAUGCCACUGAUGCUGUGAGAGCAGUGCAGUUCCUGAGAGCGGGUGGCACAAACCCCAGCAGAGACGCAGAGGUGGAAACUGCCGGAUGGGGAUCCCUCGAUAACCUGGGCUCCAGACCAGACAAGCUCAGGGAGGUGGUCGUUGGUGUGGUCAGCUCGAGUCGGUGCAGACGUUCUGAUUACUUUGGCAAAAAGUUCACUACUAACAUGAUAUGUGCACACAAAUUGUGUCCCGACCCCUGUGAUCAACCACAUAAGACACAAGACAGCUGUGAUGGGGACUCUGGAGGUCCUCUGCUCUACAAUGGCAUCGUAGUGGGCAUCACUUCCAAUGGAGGAAAGAAGUGCGGCCAAGUCAAAAAGCCUGGAAUUUACACCAUCAUCUCCCACUACACUGAGUGGAUUGAUAACACCAUGGGCCUGCAGUCCACUGCAACACCAGACCAGAGCAGCUAAAUAAAGAGCAGAUAUCACAGUUUCUGUGUUUACACCACAAUCCUGCUUGUGCUGAGUCACUGAUUAUUUUAUGUAGAUAUGAAGCAAAUGUAUUCAUAUGUUCGACACAAGUGUUCUUAAUUAUAACCAGCGCAUGGCUUUAGACAUAGAUCUACGGUAUAGCACACAUGCAAUAAGAACCUGUACAAAAUAGCCAUCACGUUUUAAAGAAAUCAAUAAAAUACAGUUGAUUCACA